AGGUUUCAAGAUGGGUCAAAGGUCAAAACUGGAGGGAAAGUCGUCAGACAGAAGAAAGUUGAACCUGCACGUACGCUGGUGAUUGUUUCUUUAAACCGUCCAAAACGUUUAUAAACAUGAACAUAAUAAACAAAAAAUAUCCCAAUACUUUUUUUCGCGAGCUGAAUGACCUGAGGAAGCGGGCAGAGCUGACUGACGUGGUUCUGGAGGUGGAACGGACGAGUUUUCCCUGCCAUCGUGCCGUCCUGGCAUCGUGCAGUCCCUACUUCCGUGGCAUGUUUACCAGCGGCUAUGCAGAGGCCAAACAGGAAAGGGUCAGCAUCCAGAAAGUAACUAAGGAAGCCAUGGCAACUAUUCUGGGUUACGCCUACACUGGCUGCCUUCGGACGGCGCCAGACCAGGUCCAGGCUGUGAUGUCUGCAGCCAGACUGCUACAGGUUGAUUUUGUAUACCAGAAGGCAGCGGAAUACAUGAAGGACCAUCUGGACGUGUUCAACUGCACAGAUGUGUUGAUGUACACAGAUAUGCUGGGGGACCUUCCCUUACAAGAAGUCAGUGGGAGAUUCAUUGCAUCCAAGUUCAACCAGGUGGUCCUGCAAUCAUCCUUUCUCCAGUUGUCCCUGCCUCUACUACAAAGGGUGCUCAACAGGGAUGAUCUAAUGGCCAACUCAGAAGAGGUUAUUGUGGAGGCCGCGUUCAGAUGGAUCGACUUCAAGCAAGAAGAGCGCUUACAGCACCUUCCUGACAUUUGCAAGUCCUUACGUCGUACCUUCAUCAGCUCAGACAAACUUGUGGAGCUUGAGAGUAAGUGCCAGUCAACAAACAGCGAGUUGGUUUACAGUGACAGUACAACCCAGCGUGUGGGAAUGACACGAACUGAAAUGCAGAUUGCUGUGCUAAGGGAGGCAUCUACGGAAUUUCCGCUGUAUACCCGUUGCUUUGACCUUUCAAGAGGCACAAGAUACACCAUGAACAUGCCUGCCAACCUGGAAUGUUUCACAAUGAUAGGGACUGAUGAAGGUGAACUGUACUUGGCCGGGGGUGUUAUCAUUGAGGCAGGUGGCACAUGCACGGCAACUAAUAAAUGGGGCGAGAGGAAGUUUUUUCAAUACAACCACCUUUUAAACACCUGGGAACCGAGGUGUGACAUGAUUGGAAACAGGAUCAGGUGUAGUCUGGUGUGUCUAGAUGGGUACAUCUAUGCUAUUGGGGAUGGUCGAACAAAUCGAACAGCAGAGAGGUACGACCCUAGUCGUGACCAGUGGAUCUGCAUACCAACCAUCCCCUAUCCAAUGCCCAGAGCACACUCCCGUAUGUUCUCCUCUGUAUAUUGUGCUGUGGCCCUUGAUGACAGCAUCUACGUCAUGGGUAGGGAAGGCUGCUACUGCUUCAGUACCGCAGACAACAAGUGGAAGAAGACAGCAGACAUGCUCGAAGCCCCUGGGAAUCCACAAGCUGUCACGUAUCGGGGACGCAUCUACUGUGUGGACACGGAAUUCCCAGAAUACGUGCAGAUGUAUAACCCUGAGGACGGUGUGUGGGCACAUUCUGACAAGGCCAAGACUUUUUCCUGUACUGGUCUGGCCCUUAUGCCGCAUGGGGGGUCUUUAUACCUCCUCACUGUGAACAACCCAGAGCACCCUUAUGAGCAGCACUUAAAGAGGCAUGACAUCUACCAGUACCAGCCAGAGACAGACACUUGGCUGAAACCAGAAAGCCCAGACAUAGUAGUGACCUCCCUGAAACGGUGGUUUGAAGCCCAUAUCCUUGAAGAUUGGCUUAUGGUUAAGAUGAUUCCCACAAGCCUGGUUGAUGUUACUUCAAAUGAUGGUAGACGGUUAGGUUCUCCCGACGGAGAAGACAGUGAUAACUGAAAAGCAUUCUCUCAGAUUUGUAAGGAGCAAAAUUUCAUGACUGUGACAGGGCAUUAAAAGCCAUGUUCUCUGGAACCGAAAGAAUAAUUGUGACGAAGAUGAAGACAGUGUGGAAAUGGUGAUGGUGAUAUCUGAAACGGUAGAAAGACAAUUUUGCCAGUCAUAAAGCCACCAAAGAUACUGGGGAUCAGGGCAGCAGCAGUGCAUUUGUUGUUGUAAACAGGAAUUAUAUUGUUUUCUUUUGUUUCUUUGUACUUGUUGGGUGACUAGUAAUAGUAGUAUGUACCAGACUUUUGUUGUAAACGAUAUAGUAGUGCUUGUCAGCAAAGAGAAGUUGUUUAUUAGGCCAAGGUGCUUUAGGGUUGGUGAAAUGUUAUAUGUGGCAAGAGAAGCCCAUUGAGUUGUAGAUUAAUAACCAAGCAGUGCUUUUGUUUUUUCUUAAUCGAUAGCUGUGUGUUAAAACUGAUUUUCAGUGAAUGCUUCAUCUUUGAAUGGAAACACUUGUUUAAGACUUGUUUGUACAUAGGGACAUAACAACAUCAUUACAGUUAAACUUUUACAUGAUAUUACAGUCAAGCUUUACCUUAAAUUAAGAUAAUAUUAACUUUUUUUGGAGUUACUAAAAGUUCAAGUUUUUACUAACCUUAUAUUUUAUUAUGUCAUUGAAAGAAUUAAAGAGGAUGACAGUUCCA